AUGAAUUCAAUACAUCGCGGUUACAUGGGUAAAGAAGUUAAGCAAGAGACUUCUGUUGACUACAGCUUGAACAAUUCUGAAACUAUUAACAAGUACAAGCUUGCUGGUGAAGUUUCUCAAAAUGUCUUGAGCAAGGUCGUCGACUUGUGCAAAGAGGGAGCUAAGCUCUUCGACAUUUGUGUUCGCGGUGAUCAGCUCUUGGAAGAGGCUGUUGGUAAGGUUGCACGCGGCAAGGACUCUUAUAAGGGUAUUGCUUUCCCCACUGCUGUUUCUCCUAAUGGAGUUGCUGCACACUUGUCUCCCUUGUCUGGUGACCCCGAAGCCAACAUUACUUUGAAGGCAGGUGAUGUUGUCAAGGUUUUCUUGGGUGCUCAUAUUGAUGGUUUCGCUUCUUUGGUCGCUACUACUCUUGUCGUUUCCGAAGAAACCAUCAGUGGUCAAAAGGCAGACGUGAUUGCUGCUGCUCAUGCCGCCUUGAAGGCCGCUCAACGUACCAUCAAGCCUGGAAACAACAACUGGCAAGUCACUGACAUUGUCGAUAAAAUUGCUACUACUUAUGGAUGCAAGCCUGUUUCUGGUAUGCUCACUCACCAACAAGAAAGAAAUGUGCUCGACGGUAAAAAGCAAAUCAUUUUGAAUCCUUCUGAAACUCAACGUGCACAAUUUGACAACUUUACAUUUGAAGAAGGUGAAGUUUAUGGUGUCGAUAUUUUGGUCUCUUCUUCCCCUAGUGGAAAAAUUAAGCGUUCUGACAUUGCUACCCGUAUUUACAAGAAAAAUGAUACCAAGUAUAUGUUGAAGCUUCAAGCCAGCCGUAAGGUCUAUUCUGAAAUCCAAAACAAGUUUGGUGCUUAUCCCUUUUCCACUCGUAACAUCAACCAAGACAGCAGAACCAACAUGGCUUUUGGUGAAUGCACCCAACACGAGCUUUUGUAUCCUUAUGAUGUUUUGACUGAUAAGGAGGGUGGUUAUAUUGCUGAGUUUUACUCCACUAUUGCUUUAACCAAGAAUGGUACCAUCGCCUUUAGUAAUGCUGAACCCAUCAACAGCAUCCAAUCCGACAAGAAGAUUGAGGAUCAGGAAAUCAAAUCCCUUCUCCAGAUUCCUUUGAAGACUAGCACCGCUAGCAAGAAGAAAAAGAGUAACAAGAAGAAGUCUACCGGUGAGAGCAAGCCUGCUCAGUAA